GAUAGAUACACAAGUGACCCAUUUAUUUUCUUUCCUCCUUUUUAAAAUUUUUUAAUACACACACUCUUUUUCUAACUUAACUUUAAAUUUCAUUUGUAAAAUAAAUUGACUUACUUUUAGUUCAUCUUUUUGACAAAAAAAAAAAAAAGAGAAGGUAUUAAACCACCGGCUGAAAUUUGGGGAGAGGAAAUUAAGUCAUUAUUAAUGUGUUUAUUAUGGUUUUCUGAGAAACAAAAGAAUUAAUGUCUAGAUGGUCGUAGUAAUUUCGAUUAGGAAGCAAUAAAGGAUGCUUUUUACUUUUUUUUAGAUGUCACUAACGGCGUCAACACGUCGUGAGCACACGUCUGCUUUUUUAUUGGUUUUGAAAAGAUAACGGUGUUUGUGGAAAGAGAGCGUCAAUGGGAAAGGUGUUGUGUUUUUAUCGGGAAGUGGCUUUGUCGUGCUGUGAACAGGCAGGUCUGUGUGGACGUAGAGAGUAUUGAAUAGCUACGUGGCGCCAUAAAAUUUUGCGCAUUUUAGCACUCUUUUGAUUUUCUGUGUGUCAUUUUCCAACCUCUUUCGGCUAUCCUGCGCUUUCACGAAUUUUCGUCUCGUGAAUCUCUUGUACUUAAAUUACCAUGUUUUUCUUUUUAUGGAAAAACAAAGACGUUUCAUAAUUGUAUUAAAAAAAGACGAUUGCUAUGUCACAAAUUACGUCUAGUAUAAUUCAUUCACGAUUCAUCCAUAUUAUGCGUAUGCAUGUUUAAUUUUGUCCGUAAUCCAUCAGAAAAGUCCAUCAUAAUUUGAUUUUUGAACAUGGGAGAUAUUUUACUAAUAGUUAUAUUGUUUAACUUGUUUAUGAAGGUUUUUUUUUGUAACUAAAAAGUAAAAAACGAACGCUCAGGCGUAUAUACAUAUUUGUUUAUAAAGUUAGUUCUAAUCGUAUGUGAUGUUCCGAUAUACUAUACUGUUUCUCUUUUCAUGGGAUACGUUUUUAUGCUCCUUGAUCGAAAUAUGUCACCGCCGUAAAAUGCACCAAUAGAUACACAAAUAAUUGUCUACAUUCUAGUAAUAUGUUAUGGACUUAUGAUUAACGAGACAAGUCACGCAACUAUAAACCAUAAUCUUUCGCCUCUAACACCACGUAAACCAUGAAUAGUCAAGACAUUGGAACUGACAAAAGAAACACAUACUCCUAUAUAAAUAUAUAAUUGACGACUGAAAAUAAAUAAAAAUAUAGAGGAUAAAGAAGUUAUUAAAACAAUGUUUUAAGGAAGGGUUACACACAAAAAAAAAAGAAAAAAAAAGAAGGGUUCCACACAAGAAUGCAAGAUCAUGUCGAGAAAGAUGGGUAUAAAUCGAAUAUCUAGAUCGGGAGUUUUAAAGCUACUUGUGUUAUGAUUUAUUUCGUUCAAAUAAUUAAUUAUCCAAUUUAAUUCAAUCUAUAGCUAUGAAAUAUUCCAAAAAAAUUAUAUUUUUUAACCAAACAUUAGAACCGUACAAAUUAAAAGAUAAAAAAAAUCAAAAAUAUUAUAAAAUAAUAAUAUAUUUGUUAUGAAAAUAAAAAAUAAAAAAUUUAAUACCUAGAUAAUUAGUGAAUAAAUAAAAUAUGUAAACAUAUAUAAAAUAUAAUAAUUAUAUAAUCAUAUAAUUCAUUAAAAUCAUAUUCUAAAAAUAUUAGUAUUUAUAAUUAACUUUAUUUUUUAUAAAUAUUAUAUAUAUAUAUAUAUAUAUAUUGGUUUGUUUCGUAAAAUUAGAAUAUUCAAAAUUUUCAGUCCAACUUAAAAUAGAUAAUGAAUUAAAUUAAUAUUUACAGAUAUUUUAUAGAGUCUUGGUCUUAUGGGAUAGGAGACCAUAUGAUAAACCAGAAAUUGGGAGGAGAAAAUUCACGUGUUGGCAACGCACUUGAGAGAAGUGGGACCCACAAGUACUGUGCAGCAUUUGUGUGUGGUCUUAAAGCAACCAUAGUAGGAAUCUUUGUCCGUUAAAAAGAAAAACUCUUUUCUUUUCUUUUCUUUAGUUUAUGUAGUACUUUGUUAAUCCGUAUCUUAAACUAUGUGGAGUCUUUAAGCGUAUGUCUAUCAACAUAUAAAUAAAUAUUUAUUUGGUGUCCUGAAAGCCUUCGAAUUUUAUACCUUGUCAAUUUUAUAAUCAAACACAAAAAGUAGACAC